AUGGAGAUCCUACAACAUCCUCGUGCUUUUCUGAGUAGUGCUGUUAGAGAAGUCAGUGCGCUUUCCCAGCUGAAUCUUGAUGAAGAUGUCCCAUCUAUUCAGGCAGCGAAUUUUCCAGUUUUGUUGCAAUCUAAUACGGAUACCAAUUUCAAUGAUAUAACAGCUUUUAAGUCUUCCUUUGCACGUUCUGCUGAGGAUGCUAGAGUAUAUGCACAUCUAAAUACCCUCUUAGAACAAGGGCAGGAAUAUGCUACUAUGUUAUACACGUGGAGGUCAAUAUCCAGAGCGCUUCCUUUUAUCAGAUCUAGUGAUCAGCCUAACAGAAUAAAAAUAUAUGAAAAAACCAAAGAGAUAUUGGAGCCUCAUUGUUUGAAGCUUAAGCAGUUUAUGUUCUUCCAGGAUGCAGCAAUACGAAGGUUUGUGGAAGAAGUAAAAAGACUAGCCCAUAAGGACCAAAAGAAUUUCUUCGUAAAUCAGGCAUAUCUAGUUACUCUUGGAAAAAUGAUAAAGAUGUUUGCCUUGUUGGAUGAAAUGAAAAACAUGAAAGCUAGCAUGAAAAACGAUUAUUCGAAUUACAAAAGAGCUGCCCAAUUCCUCCAGGUUCACGAUCCUGAUGCUCAGGAUGUAAGUAUAUUCCUGGCGAAGCAGAAAAUUAUUCGUGAUACACUGAAAGACAGCCUAAUUGCUGUAGAUGGUUAUGAGGAUCUUCUAGUGGAAAUUAUUCAUAACAGCGCUCAAAUGUAUGAAAAUAAAGUAUACGUGCUCCCUGAAGAGAAGCACACGCAUGUUAUAGUCAUAGCAUUUUCUCUCUAUCUCCUUGACUCUGCUCGUAUGGUAGACGGCAAACAAAUAGGAGUUUGCCUAAAUAAGAUUGCAAAGCGCUUAAACAUAAGCAAAUUGGAUCGGAUUCUGAAAGAAUGUGAAGUGGUCAAUCUAUUCGGUGAUAUGAGUGUGGAACCCUUUUCUUAUGUUCGUCAAACAGCAUCGUUUGACCCAUCCAAAUGGCCUGAGUGUCACAGCACAAAGGUUUCUAUUCAAGGAGCGAUCCUAACGCAUAUGGCUCGAUUUCAGGAAGAGUAUACGUCACUAACAUCAGAUUUGGCUUGGCAUACAAAUAUAACUUCGAUUCGACUAAAUGAACGUUCUGCUAAAGAAAAUCAAGAGCUAUAUGAUCUUGCACUUCGAGGUCUGCAAUAUUUAUCAGGUUGGUCUGUACAAGUUUUGGAUACAUUUACUUGGAAACUUGCUCAUUGUGCCAGUGGAUUCACAAAUCAUGAGUGUCCCAAAGAUGCGGAAAAUUACGAAAAAGCCACUCGUUAUAAUUAUAAUUCAGAAGAACGAUUUGCUAUGGUUGAAAUAAUCAGUAUGAUCAAAUCUGUUCAAACACAACUUUUGCGUUUGGAGGCUUGUUACUCAGAGGCUAUUGGACGUUCUGUAUAUCGUGAAUUACAAGCAGUUGUUGUUGGUCAGUUGACUGCUCCAUUGCUCAAAGCACAGAAGAAAAAGGAACGAAUCAUGCUGACACGUUUGAUACACGCGAUUCAAGCCACAUGUGCUGAUCAGCUUUCGGAUUCAAUGGAUUCAGAAAUAAUGAACUCCAGUAGUGGUAGUGGUACAACAGGAUCAAAAUCAUGGGGAAAAGCUGCUUCCUCAAAAUUAUCCAACUCCAGCAACAAUAAUAAUAGCAUGACAGCUGGAGCCAAUUCUACACUGGCAGCUGUUGCUGCCUCAUUGGCAAAUGAUAGUCCAACAGGAUCUAUCAGUACAAAUAGUAUAUUCGAUUCAAACAAGCGUCGGGUUGGUCCAUCUUCUAGUCAAUUAUAUCUGGUACGAACUAUGCUAGAGUUAUUAGUUGAACAAGUUUCAUCAAGUAAACAAAUGAUGCGAAAAGAAUUGGAUGCUUCAACACUGUCAGCGAUAGAUACAUUUUUAAAGCAUAGUUUUUAUUGGCCAUAUCUAUUAAACUUUAGUGAUACACUAAUCAAAUGUUGUGAUCUCUCUCAAUUAUGGUAUCGUGAAUUCUUCUUAGAAAUGACUAAUGGUGCUUGUAUACAAUUUCCUAUUGAAAUGAGUUUACCAUGGAUAUUUACAGAUCAUAUCCUAGAGACUGAGCAUCCUGGUUACAUGGAGUAUCUUCUCUACAUGCUUGAUCUUUACAAUGAUGCUGCUGAUUGUGCAUUGAAUCGAUUUCGACGUCGAUUUCUUUAUGAAGAGAUAGAGGCUGAAGCAAAUCUAGUCUUUGAUCAAUUAGUCUAUAAGUUAAGCGAUAAAAUAUUUAGACAUUAUAAACGUUAUGCAGCUUCAAUUUUACUGGAUAAACGUUUCAGAGCUGAAGCACAACGUACUGCUUCAUGGCGUGAACCAUAUCCACCACCGAAUCGUUAUACUGCAGCUUUACUUCAUCAGAAAAAUAUUCAAUUACUUGGACGUUCUAUAGAUCUUAAUCGAUUAAUAUGUCAACGAAUGAAUACAGCAUUAUAUAAGUCACUUGAAGUUGCUAUUUCACGUUUUCAUGGUUCAGAUAUUACAGGAAUAAUUGAAUUAGAAGCAGCUAUUGAAUGUAAUCGCCUUUGCCAUAGAAUGCUUAGUGAACAUUUGGAUUUGGAUGAUUUCGACGCUUUACUUCGUGAAGCAGAUAAUUUAGUAACUUCGAGAUUAGGAAAAAUUACUGUUCAUGUAUUUUGGGAGCUGACAUAUGAUCUAGUUAAAAAUUAUUGUUAUAAUGAUGCUACCAACAGAUUUGUGCCUACAAACUUUACGUUAACUGAAGUAUUGGAACGUGAAAAACCACCAACAGUUGAAGCUCAAUACGUUUGGGGUAGUCGAUCGUUGAAUACAUGCUUUGAAACAAUAUUUAAAUUAUAUCGGGGUUUUGUUGGUGCACCACAUUUUUCAGCUAUAUGCCGUUUAUUGGGUUAUCGGGGCUUAUAUGUUGUUAUUGCAGAAGUAAUGAAAGUUGCUCAGUCGUUGCUUAAUCAAACAUUACGUGAUUAUGUGUGUCGGUUAAUACGCCUACUGCCACAGUCGUUAACAUUACCGUCGGAAAAGAUGGAAUCUGAUGCCGUAUUCUCAGCUUUGUAUUCACAAUUACAGAAAGUCUAUGGUUAUACUGAUUUAAGAACAAAUGUAUUCCAAAAUUUCCGUGAACUUGGAAAUAUUCUUAUUUGUUGUUUACAGUUGGAGAAAAAUUUAUCAAUUGAAGAUUCGUGCGAUCUACGUCAUGCUGGUCCUUUUAUUGGACAAAUGCCCAGGCAGUUCUUCCCUCCACUUCCAUCUCAUGAUGAAGGAGCAAAAGGUAAACCGAUCAAUGAACUGAGACGUGAACGCGAAAUUCAAUAUAAGGAAUUACAAAAGAAACAAGAAUCAAUGAAUAUUGUUCUAGUUGUAUCACGUAUCGGUACUGAAGAUCAAUUAGCGUUGGCCAAAGAAAAUGAAAUAUUGACUAAGGAACGAUUAUGCUCUGGACUGACAUUGUUUGAAUUCGUAUUGAAUAAAAUUAAGAGCUUUCUACAUGAAGAAGAUUCUGAUGGGAAUGCUUGGCAUCGUUUAACACACCUUAAACGUGAUACUACAUGUAACAAUGGAAGCAGUCAGCAUAAUAAUACCAGUGAUAUAUUGGGUCUAGAAAGUUGUGCCUAUUUUCAUCGUCUAUGGUCUGUUAUCCAGCUAGUGUUUUGUACUCCAUUUGGACAGAAUGAGUACACGGUUGAAGAAAUGUUUGGUGAAGGAAUUAAUUGGGCCGGUUGUGCUAUCAUCUUACUCUUAGGUCAACAACGUCGAUUUGAAGCACUUGAUUUCGGUACGCUGAUUCUACGGCUACAACGAAUCGAUAAGAAAGAUUCUACACCAAUGGGAGUUUCACUGGAACGACUGGCUGCUCGUCUAAGUCGAUUCUCAGUACUCAAUCGUCAAAUAUUUUCUACUCUAAGUGUAUAUCUUCACCCUAUUGAUCGAGUCGAUGAGACAAGUGUUCGUGUACGUCAAUUCCCUCUGCCUACAUGGUCAAAAUCUUAAUGAUUCUCCUUCUCUUCUCUUCUUUUUUUUCCAGUUUACCAUUAUGAAGUUUCAUAAUAUGUUUUUUUUUUUAAUCCUAUCCUACAUAUAUAAUAUAACAAAGAAUUUACAAUUAUGCUUAUAAUGUACUAUACUGAUUUAAUUUUAACUAUGCAUAUAUAUAUUUAUUGAUAUUUUUCACAAUUCCUAUCCAUUUUGUUAAAUAAUCAUGUGAUUUUAAUGCAUACCGGUAAUUUCUUUUUUUUGGUUGAUUUGUUGUCUUGGUUUCCCCUACCUACCCCUAUCCCACCUGCUUACUUCCAAGAGAAAAUCAGCUAUUUUCUCUCGACCAGUUUAUCAUAUUAUCCUAAUGAAUCACUGUUUAUUACUCACACUGAUUACUUCUUUGUUUUUUGCUAUUGUAAAAAUUGUUUUUUAUCUAUAACACUAAUUUGUUUUGGGUUGUUUUUUAAAAAUCUUAUACAGUCAGUCAGUCAGUUAUCGUUUAUGCCAGGUUAUUGUUAUUUGUAUAGGUUCAGUUGGAUUGUAUUCACAACAGUAUACAAUCUGUUGGAAUACGCUUUGAUUAUUUUACUUCAAUUGCUUUAGUGUUCACCUGAGACGUUUUGUUGAGAAAAAAAAUAAUAUAAUUUGUCAUAUUUAUAAUUUUUCACUGGUCCUGUAUUUUCUACGUGCAAUUAUUAUCAUUAUUAAUAUUAUUAUU